AUGGAAGAAUACUUGCAAGUAAUUCCCUCUGAGCUAAAAAUCAUAAAACAGGACUUCGAAAAGAUAAAUUCGGAGUUAGGAAGAAAGAUAGAACAAUUGGAGGAGGAAAAGAUACAUUUGAGGUUGGAUGUCGACAUUCAGAAACUCGAGACUGAGAAGUUGAGAAAAGGGAAAAGGAAGGUUGAAGAAGACUUGGACAGUUUGAAGACCAAUUACAAGAAGCUGCGUAUGUCGAUGAGAAUUGCUGGAUUGGGAAAGACGUCAGAGCAGUGGCGACAAGAAGUUCAAGGGGAAAAAGCUAGGGCUGAUCAGUGGAAGAAGAGGUUUCAUGAUGCUCGAGCACGUGAAAAUGCCUUGAAGAAGAGCUUGGUUGAAGGCCAAGAUGAGAGGGAGAUGUUAGUAGCUCGAGUAGCGAAACUAGAGAAGGCAUUACAUCAGCACCGUAGUCGUAACUCCGACAUUGAAUUAAGAGCUAGCCUGAGCAGGAUUGAGGAUUUGAAAAGGAAGUUAGAAGAACUCGAUUCUGCAUUACAGAACUAUGAACUUCGAAUAAAAUUCCUUGAGUCGAAUAAUGAGCAGUGGAAGGAACAACUCCGUCGAUCGUAA